AUGUUCCCAACAAAUGACAAGUCGAUGCAGCCAUUCACAGGCGGCAAGGUGGCAGGCGCGCAGGGCAGGCUGACAGGCAGUCGCGACGCAGCCACAGUGAUGCGGGGUUGGCCCGUGGACCCUGACAAACAGAGGAAGGCGCGUAGCCAAUGGCAAGCGCUGAUGUCGGCAGGUGCUGGCCGCAUUUGCUCUCCUUUGCGCCUUCUGCGCCACCCUCCUUCCUCACGCAACGCCAGCCUCGUGACACAAAGGAGAAAGGAUAGGGAAAGGACGACGUGA